AUGGAGAAGUACGCGUUCGCGGAUGACUACAAGAACCCUCGCGGCAUUCCGCGGGUGGAGUACAUCGCUGACAUGCCCACGGUCGUGAAGAACGGCGGUGGCGCAGACACGCUCAUCAGCAACCUCAUCCUCGACUCCUCCAAGUACGAGCACAUGGAGAAGCGCCUCGUCAGCAGCAUCGCAAACCUCGAUUACAAGAUCCCCACCAUCAAGAAGACGCUGCACGCGCUGAACUUCCUCAAGAAGCGGCUGCAGGAGGAACGCGGUGCGGUGCGGUCGUACUACUGUCUCACCGACGCCGUCUUUGGCGAGGCGGAGGUGGUGCCGCAGGAGACGGUGCACCUCUGGAUGGGCGCGAAGGUGAUGGUCGAGUACACAUUCGACGAGGCGUCGCAGUUGCUGGAGCGGAACCUCGCCAACGCGGAGGCGAACCUCGCCAGCACGAAGGAGGACCUCGCGUGGGUGCAGGAGCAGCUGACGAACCUGCAGAUUAACAUCUCACGUGUCUACAACUAUGACCUCAAGAGCAAGGGGAAGGACAGCGGCAGCAAGAAGAAUGGCACAGAGGCGGGCACGGCGUAA